AUGCGGGUUUGUUGUGGUCUGGGCGACAAGCCGAUUGUGUUCGGGCUGGCCAAUCAGAGACGCGCACGGCGCAGAUGCCCCGCCCCCCGCGUCACUCCCUCCAUCCUCAUACUGCGAAGCAUCUCGAGCCACAUGAAAACCAAAUUCAUCAACGGGGUUUCUUCCUCCCCGUCCAUGUCGCUGGGCCUCCUGGUGACCGAGAACGCCCUGCAGGUCCAGCCCGACACCGAGGAGGACCGCAAGGAGCCGCUCCGCCCCGACCAGCCCGACGCGGACACGCGCCGCAAGGCGUUCCUCUGGUGCAGGGAGUUCCUGCACGGGGCCUGGAAAGCCCUGGCCGAGGACGACUUCCAGAUCUCCAUCAUAAGGGGCGGUCUGAGCAACAAACUGUUCCUGUGCAGCCUCCCCGACAGCCAGGACUCUGUCGGGGACGAGCCGAGGAGCAUCCUGCUGCGCCUCUAUGGGGCCAUCCUGCAGAUGUCCUGUAAUAAAGGAGAUUCUCGACAGUCAAACAAAGAAAACUUCCAAGGCGCGGAGGCCAUGGUGCUGGAGAGCGUGAUGUUCGCCAUCUUGGCGGAGAGGGAGCUGGGACCCAAACUGUACGGCAUCUUCCCUCAGGGCCGCCUGGAGCAGUACGUCCCUAGUCGUAAACUGGACACCUGCGAGCUGAGCGAGCCGAGCAUCACGGCGGAGGUGGCGGAGAAGAUGGCCAGGUUCCACGGCAUGAGGAUGCCCUUCAACAAGGAGCCCAAGUGGCUGUUUGGGACCAUGGACAAGUACCUGAGCCAAGUGAUGAGGCUGAACUUCACCAGGGAGUCCCACCUGCGCCGCUUCAACCGCCUGCUCGCCUACAACCUGCCGCAGGAGAUGGAAACACUCAAGUCCCUGCUGGAGUCCACCCGCUCUCCCGUGGUCUUCUGCCACAACGACUGCCAAGAAGGGAACAUCCUGCUGCUGAAGGGCCGCCAGAGCUCCGACAAACAGAAGCUGAUGCUUAUCGACUUUGAGUACAGCAGUUACAACUACAGGGGUUUCGACAUCGGCAACCAUUUCUGUGAGUGGAUGUACGACUACAGCUGUGACGAGUCUCCCUUCUUCAAAGUCAGCGUCCAGAACUACCCGUCCAAGGCCCAGCAGCUCCACUUUAUUGAAAGCUACCUGCGCGAGUCCGAUCAGGGCUUCAACAACCUGAGCCCCGAGGACCAGAUGAAGCUGAAGGAGGAGAUGUACGUGGAGGUCAACAGGUUCGCUCUGGCGUCGCACUUCUUCUGGGGCUUGUGGUCCAUCAUUCAGGCCCGACUGUCCACCAUCGAGUUUGGAUACAUGGAAUAUGCCCAGGCCAGAUUUGAGGCCUACUUCCGGCAGAAGAAGAUCUGGGCCGCCUAA